AUGACAAAUUCCCUGAGGGUGCGAUACUCGGUGUCCGAUUGGUGGGUGGGGAGUCGCCGCACCCGGUCGCUGCCAUGUCUGGGCGCGGGAAAGGGCGGUAAGGGGCUGGGGAAAGGCGGUGCUAAGAGGCACCGGAAGGUCCUACGGGACAACAUCCAGGGCAUUACGAAGCCUGCGAUCCGCCGUCUGGCUCGCCGCGGCUGGGCGAAGCGCAUCUCGGGGCUGAUUUGCGAGGAGACCCGCGGGGUGCUGAAAGUUUUCUUGGAGAACGUGAUUCGGGACGCGGUGACUUACACCGAGCACGCCAAAAGGGAAACCGUGAGGGCCAUGGAUGUGGGGUACGCCCUGAAACGCCAGGGGCGCACCCUGUACGGCUUCGGGGGCUGAUCCUCAAAAAUGAUUCAAGCCAAAGGCCCUUUUAAGGGCCACUCAUUCCUGCAUAGAAAGAGUUGGUCUUGCUGUGUACGGUUACACGGAUAUUAACAUUGUGCUUAUAUCUGGUUUGGAUAUUAACCUGCAAGUACUUUUUUCAACUAAGCUACUACAAUGUUAGUCAAGUAUCCGGGGGUAGGCCUGUUUGUCCGUACCGACAACGAGGAGUCCCGUGGUACCUUAAAGACAGAUUUAUUUGGGCAUAAGUUUUGUGCCUAAAAAGCCCCCUUUCAGGUGCACGAAGUGAAAAUUACAGAUGCAGACAUUAUUAUACUGGAGAAUUUGCAAAUUUAACACUCUUAAUUUGGGCUUGAAUAGCGGCUGGGCGUGGCUGGCUCACUACAAAAGCAAGUUCGCCUCUCCUGGAAUUGACCGGACUCCUUGUUACAAUGUUAGCGAUACUGUUGCAAUAAUGAUACAACUGGAGGGUAUAAACCAAUAAUACUUAACAGAGCUAUACUGUUUUUUUAAAAGGAACUGCGUUGUUCAAGAAGGAAAAUGGAGUCAGCCUUGUGGCACCUUAGAGACUAACAUUUAUUUGGGCAUAAGCUUUCGUGGGCUAAAACCCACUUCAUCAGAUGCAUGGAGUGGAAAAUACAGUAAACAGAAUAUAUAUCACAGCACAUGCAAAGAUGGGAGUUGCCUUACCAAACUGGCCUGGUCAGCACUGACCCCCAAUUCAACUAAGGUGGAAGUGGCCUAUUCUCAACAGUUGACAAAGGGGGUGAAUAUGGAGAGAAAAUUACUUUUGUAGUGUUAACAAGGGCAAUGCAAUCCAGGUGGACAUCAGCCAUUCCCAACAGUUGACAAGAAGGGGUAAGUAUCAGCACAGGGAAAAUUACUUUGUAGUGACCCAGCUACUCCCAGU